AUGGACAAACCACAAAUAAUAGGACAUAUAACGAAGUCUGUUGACUUUACUCUUUUUGAUUGUAAAUGGAUACCAGUUAGUACUAAGUUUGUGGUUGUUGGUUCGAAGCCAAGAGGUACUGGCGCUAUUCAAAUCUACGAUGUAUCAGCACAAGAUAUUAAUUUAGUAUCUGAGAGUGAAAAGAGGAGUUCAUUUAAAUGCUGUACUUUCGGAGCCUCUAUACUCCCUCAACGACAUCUCGCUACAGGAGCAUUUGACGGAAGACUAGCUAUUUGGGAUAUUGGAAGUGAUGCUCGUCUGGAUGCACCUAUUUAUGGCGUUCAAGCUCAUAAAGAAAUAAUAAACGCUAUAGAUGCUGUCGGAGGACUGGGUAUUGGUGAAGGAGCUCCAGAGAUUGCCACAGGCAGUCGAGAUGGUGCAGUUAAAGUUUGGGAUCCAAGACAAGCUAAGUUACCUGUAGCAACUAUGGAGCCUUCUUCUUCUUCUUCCAACGGUGUACAAGAUUCAAUUAACGAAAAUAGACGAGAUUGUUGGACUGUUGCAUUUGGUCAUGCCUAUAACAAACACGACAGAUGUUUAGCUGCAGGAUACGACAACGGCGACAUAAAAUUAUUCGAUCUAAGAGCUAUGAAAGUUCGUUGGGAGACAAACAUUAAGAAUGGUGUUUGCUGUCUUCAAUUCGACAGGCGAGACAUAUCUAUGAAUAAGCUAGUGGCAACCACCUUAGAAGGAAAGAUACAUGUAUGGGAUAUGCGGACACAACAUCCAAAAAAAGGUUUUGCAUCACUAGUUGAGAAAAAUCAAGGUGCAACUAUAUGGCAAGUAAAUCAUCUACCUCAACAACGUGAUAUAUUCAUGACAGCUGGUGGUAAUGGAUCUUUAUGCUUAUGGCAAUAUCAUUAUCCAAGUAAACGUCAAAAGAUAGUGAAAGAAGCAGAUCCUGAAGGGAAUGGUGAUAUUGAAGUUGCCCAAGGUGUAAUCGGCCAUUUAACACAACUUCAAAAUGUAACUCUGUCCACUCAACCAGUAUGCAGUUUGGACUGGUGUCCAGAUAAGCUGGGUUUAGCAGUCUGUGUUGCAUUCGAUCAGGCGAUAAGGAUCCUUAUCGUUACAAAACUGAAUAAACUUUGA